AUCGCUUUCGCUAAACCAAUCAAAAGGCUACCUUUCAUCUAGAACACGUUUCACACUGACCCACCCUAAAUAAACGCAUUUUCAAAAUCAAAAUAUGCUUUGAGUGUGCACAGCUUUCUAGUCAAGGAUAAAGCGAACCAAAUUAAUCUGUUCGAUCAACUCUGACAGGCCAUGUACGCAUCAGUGCAUGACGCUGCACUCGCUGUGGCAACAGCGGUGCACAAUUUAAUGAACAGUGGCCGCGAGGGUAUGAAGUCAAUGGAUUCCCAUUUCACUGAUAGUGAGUGUCCUUUACGAAGUGCGUCAGCUUGGCAUGGGGGACUAGGUUGGAAGCUUCUGCAUCAGCUCAAAAAGGUGAAGUUUCAAGGUCUUACCGGCGAGGUGCAAUUCAACUUGGUUACGGGCGAGCGACGAGUUCACAGCGGUCUGGACAUUUUAAACGUUCUUGAACACAACGUAGAAAAGAUCGGCUCGUGGCAGCCGGAACCUGGAAUGAAAGAACAUCGCGUGUCAUUACAGGACAAAACGCCCCGGUGGGUGGGGGACUUCGCUGAAUUUGUCAAGUGCCACAAUCCGGGGAAUCUUCAGCCCCAGGAGCCAGAGGCCAUCCCAGUGUUGAAAGUUACAACUGUUUUGGAGCCGCCGUUUGUCGAGAAAGUAAAUGAGUCAAUGCCUUUACCAACCGGCAGAGUUCCUAAAAAUCUUCUUCAAGGCUUCUGUAUGGAUUUGAUCAAGGAAUUGUCGAAAGAAGCAAACUUCGACUACGAGAUUUAUUUGCAUAAAAGCUAUGGAGGAAUGGUGGAGGAGCUGAAAAAGAAGGUAACAUUGCUCGCAUAAUUUAUAGGCGUGUAUAAUACGUGUAAUUAAUUGCACCUAUUUUUUUCCUAAUUCAAAGCCUUCUUAACGUAUGGGAUGUAUAAAGAUCAUCUUAUAGCCUGCAGAGCCACAAAAAGUGCUAUAAUAACAAAUUUGCAUUUUACAUCAAUACAAUACUGAAUUUACAAAUCUUGAUGGCUGAAGAACUUGUUUUGAGUUUCACGUCGUUGUAGUUGAGACGUUUUACACGCAGGUAUACCUAUACCAGCUAAAAUCUUUCAAAUCCUGGAUCUGUUAUUCUUAACAAUUUUCUAAUUAAAUGCAGAAGAAUUACUCAUUCAGAUAAUAAACUGCCUAAAAUAAG